AUGAGCGCAGCGUUCCCGCCGUCGUUGAUGAUGAUGCAGCGCCCGCUGGGGAGUAGCACCGCCUUCAGCAUAGACUCGCUGAUCGGCAGCCCGCCGCAGCCCAGCCCUGGCCAUUUCGUCUACACCGGCUACCCCAUGUUCAUGCCCUACCGGCCGGUGGUGCUGCCGCCGCCGCCGCCGCCGCCGCCCGCGCUGCCCCAGGCCGCGCUGCAGCCCGCGCUGCCGCCCGCGCACCCGCACCACCAGAUCCCCAGCCUGCCCACCGGCUUCUGCUCCAGCCUGGCGCAAGGCAUGGCACUCACCUCCACGCUCAUGGCCACGCUGCCCGGCGGCUUCUCGGCGUCGCCGCAGCACCAGGAAGCAGCGGCCGCCCGCAAGUUCGCGCCGCAGCCGCUGCCCAACGGCGGCAACUUCGACAAGGCGGAGGCGCUGCAAGCCGACGCGGAGGACGGCAAAGGCUUCCUGGCCAAGGACGGCUUGCUGCUCGCCUUCUCCGCGGCCGAGGCGGUGCAGGCUUCGCUCGUCGGGGCCGUCCGCGCGCAAGGGAAAGACGAGUCCAAGGGCGAGGACGACCCGAAGGGCAAGGAGGAGAGCUUCUCGCUGGAGAGCGAUGUGGACUACAGCUCGGACGACAAUCUGACCGGCCAGGCGGCCCACAAGGAGGAAGAGCCCGGCCACGCGCCGGAGGAGACCGCGCCGGGCGGCGGCGCCGCGGGCAGCAGCACGUCCACCGGCAAGAACCGGCGGCGGCGGACCGCCUUCACCAGCGAGCAGCUGCUGGAGCUGGAGAAGGAGUUCCACUGCAAAAAGUACCUCUCCCUGACCGAGCGCUCGCAGAUCGCCCACGCCCUCAAGCUCAGCGAGGUGCAGGUGAAAAUCUGGUUCCAGAACCGACGGGCCAAGUGGAAACGGGUGAAGGCGGGCAAUGCCAACUCCAAGACCGGGGAGCCCUCCCGGAACCCCAAGAUCGUUGUGCCCAUCCCCGUCCACGUCAGCAGGUUCGCUAUCAGAAGUCAGCAUCAGCAGCUGGAGCAGGCCCGGCCCUGA